UUUUGUUAGAUUUUUUUUUUUUUUGUAAACAACCCUAUUGUCCUCUCACGCCGUCGAAGUUAUCCGGCUCAGGAAAUCGGCCACCUUGAGGCCGCCCGCAGCAUACCCGGUGCCCUGCGUUCCCUCUUGUGCCUUCUUCCCUUUUGACCAUCCAUUGAUUUCCUUACUACUCCUCAUCGGUGACGAUUCACCGAUCAUAAUUUGAUUUUAGACUGCAUCCUUCCUAGAUUUGUGGGUGCUGCGUGGGCGAUCAAGUCGCUAUUUGUUUCGCCAAUUAAUGGAUUGUAAGGAAGGAGAUGAUUCCAGCAGCGCAGGAAGCGGCAGCAGCCAGAAACCGCAGACAUCUCGCCUUUCCUGCACCAAAUACUUCGACGCUCUGUGGUUUUGUUAUUCACCAUUUCAUCAGAUGGAGCAAUACUAUAGAUAUGGGCAUUUUGACAGUUGCUCUGGCAAGUGGAGCUCGCUUUUCGAUUGUCUGUCUCUGAAAACAAAAAGACCAGAUGAAGUUGAGUUCGCCAAAUUUCAAUCUAAGUUGUCAGAGGACUUCACCUUUCUCUUUGCAAGAAGUUAUAGAACUUAAUUGCCUAUACUUACCUGAGGUGAGUUUCUGCAUGCAUGGAGAACAGAGGUGGGAAGUAAGAAAAGUGUUAGGCAGGCCCAGGAGGGGCCGGCUGAACCGGUCCAACCUGGAUUGGUUCAAUGCUACAGCUGGCGGCCCAAGCCCAAUAGGUGGCGGAACCAAGGGGAGGGGGGUGGAUGCCCUAGUGGGCCCAAUUGCUUAAUAUAAUCGUUGUUUAGGAGGGAAAGUUUGAAUUAAGGACUAUUUGGUUUUGUUGUAGGAGUCCUUUGGCUUUAAUUAGUCUUUUCAGUUAGGGUUUGUUUUUCAUCUUGAAUUUGAAGUAUAAUUUGAGAUCUACAGUGUGUGCUUUUGGGCUCUAGAUUUUGCUAGAGAAUCUGAGAGUUGUUUCUUUCUCUUGAAUUGAAGAAACUUAUACCUUGUAUUUUUUUUUUUCGAGGAUUGAAUGGAAGAAGUUUUCCUUGUGUUUCUCUCCAAUAUUCUGAAAUUCCUGCAUCAUUUUUGCUGUUUUCUCUCUGAAAUCAGUAUAUUUCUUGCUCUCUUUUUUCCAAUUAUUGCUAGAUUUGCUUGCGAACUCAAGUAUUUCCCUUAGGGUUACUUGGCGAACUCAAGUAUUUCCUAUCAAAAAGCUAGUAGUAUCAUUUGUUCUUUUGUUUGUCGACCUUAUUGCAGUUCAAUGCUAUAUGGUUUUACUUUUUGCAUGAAGGCCAAUUAAUUUGAAGCAAUACAAGUCUUUAUUAUAUUAAGUUUCUUGCUAAUUACUGAUGUUGAUCAUCUGUAGCUGAAAACAUACUGAUUAUGGCUUCGUUUUGGACGACUUUCUUAUUGCUUCUUAAAGCGGCUCUCUAGUAUAAAAAAAUUUAAAAAGCAAUAAGAAAACCAUCUCAAAUGAAGCCUAUGUCUCCUCCCUGCAUCACAUAUCAGGUGAUAUACUUGAACAAAUCCCAUGGAAAAAAGUUUCACAUUCCAAGAGCUUUCCUUGCUACAUUUAUCAUGUAGUACAUAAUUUAGCAGGGUAAAGACCCUUUUUAGCAGUUCUGCCAUAGUUAAGCAUAUAGAAAUGCGUAAAUGUUGUCAGGUUACUAUUUUUCCCUUGUUUGAGCUUUAAUUUUCUAACUCGCUUUAUUGAUUGUUUAGUAGCAGUCCAGUAGUCCAUUAGAGCGCUGCAUUGGUUACCCAUACGCAUACUCACACCCACCCAUACCCAAUGUUUAAAAUUACGUAAUUGGGUAUUGAGGCGUUUUUUGUUCAU